GCUCAAAAUCAUAGGACAAGGCUGCCUUCGCCCAGCAGCCCGUUUUGGCUGUGCUCGCCGCCAUUGGCUGCAGAAAAUCAAGGCCCCUGCAGGGUCCCCGCCCCGAUCCAGCUAGCACUAGCGACAAAAUCGACAAAAUCGACAAAUCGACAGCCUCAGGCCUUUGUGCUUGUUCCUGAUUUGGCAGUCUCGCAGCAGACGUCAUCUUGAACCCUGGAAAGUCGAAUCCACGAGUCCACGCCCCUUACACGUGCGCUUUGUCGUUGCACAACUCACUCGCUUCCAGGUUGCAAUCUUGCCAGGGCCCAAGUGGGAUUCAUUCACUCGUCCACUUGAAAUGCAGUGAGCCUGCAGCUUCCAGACGUUGGAUAGUUCCGACAACGGUUUAAGAACACGUUGCGCCAGCUGCAACACCAAGAGAGAAACCACCAAGACAUGUCGGAGGCGCAAUCCCUUUCGGUGCCGGCCGACGGACCACUCGACGGACUCAACUCCACGGUUGGAGAUCUCGGCGGCCCUUCAUUCCUGCAAUACUUUCAGGACCUGGACUUCCUCCUCCUCGAGGCCAAGCUCGUCUUCAGCGCCCUUGCCAUCAUCUACCUCGGCGCCCACUCAGCUCUCCGGCGGCCACCUUCUGCGGCACCCGCCAAGGAUCGCAAGCCCGGGCAAAAGGAUGACGAGGAUGAGCGUGUCUCGCAGGGCCUCGAGCCCUCGGAUGCCAUCAUGUUUCCCGUCAUGGCCGCCAUCGCCCUAGUCAGCUUGUACUACCUCAUGCAGUGGCUCCAGGAUCCCAACAUCCUCAACAAGAUCCUCCGGUGGUACAUGUCUGCCGUGUCCAUUGUCAGUCUGCUGUCUCUCUAUGCCCAUGGCAUCGAGGUGAUGACGUCCCUGGUGUUUCCGCGGUUUUGGCGGGCAAGCGAUGGCUCCCUGAGGGCCGUUGACCAAAAGACCCGGUCCGUCAAGGCCUGCGACGAUGUGGGCAACCCGACUUCGGGAGCCAAAGAGACCAACAACCCACUUCCCGGGCCUCUGGCCUUAUUGGCAGCGCCUGCGCGAGCACAAAAGGUCUUUUGGGAAAUCCGUAGUCUGCUGACGCGGCACUGGAUGGUGAAGCUUCAGGUUCACGGGAUCGGCAAGGAAGAGGGCAAGAUCAAGUUUGCCCAUAUGGUGGGCAUGCUGAUGGCAGUGGCCACGGCCAUCGUCUACUCGACCACCACAUCGCCGUUUCUGUCCAACAUGCUCGGCUACGGCAUGUGCUAUGGCUCAUUCCUCCUUCUUUCACCAACAGACUACCUCACUAGCACUUUGGUCCUGGUUGGUUUAUUCUUCUACGACAUUGUCAUGGUGUUCUAUACGCCGUACAUGGUGACAGUCGCCACAAAGUUGGACGUGCCCAUCAAGCUCACAUUUGAGGCUGCUCAAAGGAAGAGCAUUCUCGGUCUGGGUGACAUUGUCGUCCCGGGCAUGGUGAUUGCGCUAGCUCUGCGAUUCGAUCUCUGGAUGCACUACGUGCGCAAGAUCAAAUACGAAACCGCGGACCUGCAACUCAUUGAGAAGGACCCGUCGGGGGCGAUAGUCUCGAGAAAUGAGGUGAAGCACAAGGAGGUCAAGGCCCGGUACGUCAACGCCAAGGGCGCCUGGGGUGACAGCCUCUGGGUCCGGGGGACCAUGUUCCUCUCAGGACCAAAGCAGCUACCGCCAACGCUGGAGGCAUCCCGGUUCCCAAAAACAUACUUUUACGCAUCCAUGGUUGGCUACUUCCUGGGCAUGCUGGUCACACUGGCGAUGCUACUGAUCUUCAAGCGUGGCCAGCCCGCCCUGCUGUAUCUGGUGCCGGGGGUGUUGGGGUCGCUGUGGCUGACGGGGUUGGUGCGUGGGGAGAUCAGGCAGAUGUGGACGUACACCGAAGACGGCAGUAUCGACACGAUUGACGUGGUGGUGGACCUAGAUGGCGACGGCAAGGCAAUCAAGACGAUUGGUGAGUUGAAGGAUGGUGUGGUGGACACCACCAAGGACAAGGAUGAGGAUGAGGAGAACAAGAAGAAGGAGAGCGAGGCCCAAGCUCAAGAGGAUGCGAAGAAGAGCGACGGCAAGGGUGGACACAAGGUGUUCUUGCUUUCGAUCGAGACAGUCGCUGAGGACGACGAGGCAUAGACACCCAGCUUAGAGAGAGUUGCAACAACUCGGAAUUGGGUUGUGAGGAGCAAACUAGACAUGCACUAACACGGCGUUAAAAUUACACCACCGGAUCAAUCAGGAAGAAAUGCGUUGAAAACGGCGUUAUCACGGUUGGCUUCGUGAGAUAGGGCGGGUGUGAAUUGUGACGAGUAGUGUGGGUG